GUCCCGGGCUCUCCUCUGAUCCUCCAUGGCCACAGCGCAGGGCCCUGUGACCUGUGAGGCUGCCCCCCGCGUCCUCGGCACCUACCUCUGCUCCGAGCCCGUCGCCGGCAGCAUGGGCAGCGUGGGCAGCCUGGUGGAGAAGCAGGACCUGUCUCCCCUGGAGCUGCGGGCCCCGCUGGGCGGCUCGCGGGGGCUGCGGCAGCCCGACGGGCUGCUCCGCAAGGGCCCGGGCCAGCGGGAGCUCCUGGGCUACCUGCACGGGGCCAGGAAGGAGGCGCGCGCCGAGCGGAAGCACCAGGCGGCCGCCGCCUGCUACAAGCGGGACUACGAGAGCGACCGCGAGAACCGCUCGCCCGAGCGCGGCGCCCGCGACCACCCCCGCGGGGCCGACUUCUCCAAGAGCUCCCUGCCCGAGAGGGGCCGCUUCGACAAGUGCCGUAUCAGACCGUCAGCUUUCAAGGCGGUGGCAGGGAAGGGCCUGGUCUCCAUGCAGGGCCUGUCCUCGUCCAAGGGGCAGAAGCUGUCCAAGAGCAACGGGAGCCUGCACACGCUGCUGUCGCAGAGCAGCACGGCCGCGCCGCCGCCCGGCCCGCUCCGCUCCCACCUGCUCCACGCCAUCAGCCUGGACGAGGCCUCCGACUCCAGCCACAACUCCAUCCAGAGCUUCCCCUCCUACGGCUCCCGCCUCAAGCCGGCGCAGAGCCAGUUCAGCGCCUCCAUGGGCCACAUCAACCACAUCGGGGGCUCCCUGGACAGGGUGUCCCGGAGCCCCAGGGAGCCGCUGGCCCCCGAGAAGGCYCCUGUGUCCUGCAAGAGCAUGGCCACGCUGAGCCGGCUGCAGAGCCCCGGGGAGCCCCCGCCGCCCUACGAGUUCUCCUACUCCCUGGAGGACGCGGUGAAGCAGCUGGAGGACCGGCUGCAGGAGACGGGCGGAGAGCUGCGGCAGCUCAAGAGGAGCCUUAGCGAGACCGAAGACCCCUUCGCACAGGCRUUCGAGGACAAGCAGCGGCUGUGGCUGGACGAGCUGGAGGACCUGAAGCAGAUGUACGUGGCCAGGCUGCAGCAGGUCGCGCAGCAGGCGCAGCGCGGCCAGCGGGCGCUGCAGCUGCAGCUCUACAAGGCCCAGCAGGAGAAGAAGCGGCUGCAGGAGGAGCUGAGCAUGCAGCAGUGCCAGUGCGAGGAGGCCAAGCUGCGGCAGGCCCAGGGCGAGCGCGUCAGCCCCAAGCUGGAGGAGACCAAGUGGGAGGUGUGCCAGAAGGCAGCCGAGAUCGCCCUGCUCAAGCAGCAGCUCCGCGACACCCAGGAGGAGAUGGCGCAGAAGCUGGGUGAGAUCUUCAGCCUGAAAACGCAGCUGCGCGAGGCCAAGGCUGAGGUGCAGGCCCGGGACUCGCAGCUGGCCCAGCUGGCAGACUCCUUGCAGAGCGCCACGGGGCCYGGCGCCCCGCUGGCGCUGGGUGACGACCCCAUGCCCGCCUGCCAGGACUUCCCUGGCUGCGAAACCGACGACUCCAAGUGCCGGGGCCUCCACAGCGACAGCGCGGAGCCGCUGGAGAGGCAGGUGGAGUGGCUGUGGGCAGAGCUGCUGCGCGAGCGGCGCCAGGGCCAGCUGCAAGCGGUGAACUUUGAGCUGGAGAGGAAAACCUGGCAGGMGGAGAAGGAGAAGGUGCUGCGGUACCAGCGGGAGCUCCAGGCCAGCUACAUGGACAUGUACCACCGGAGCCAGGCACUGGAGCGGGAGCUGCGGCAGCUGCGGUCGGAGCCCAGGGACACGGGAGCCGACUCGCCCUGGAUCGAGCGGGUCGAGUCCUCCAAGAUCUGAGGGGCGAGAGGCCCACGGAACUGUGACGGG